AUGGUAUCAGAGCGGUGGAGAACUAGCUAUGCCGCCGUAGUGAUCACCGGCAAUGGCGAAUCCAAUCAACCACCAAAUCCGACUUCAUCGAUGAGUCAACCUUCGAUCGCUGCAACUUCGCACAAUGCUUCGCAGAGAGGCCUAGCAGAGGACAUCGAGAAUCCACUUCAUCUUAGCACCAAUGAAAAUCCAAAUAAUAUCCUGGUCAGUCCACCUCUCACGGGAAGCUCCAACUAUGGCUCAUGGAGCAUAGCGAUGCAAGCUGCUCUGGAAGUGAAGAACAAGUGGUCUCUCCUUGGCGGCAGCAUCGAACCGCCGGAGAAAACUCAACCUCAUUACGCCGCUUGGAGGAGAUGUAAUCUGAUGAUCAAGUCAUGGAUCCUCAAAUCGGUCCAUCCAACCAUCGCGCAGAGUGUGAUAUAUAUGGAUGUAGCCAAGGACGUCUGGAACGACCUCAAGAAGAGGUUCUCGCAGAGAGAUCCGCACCGGAUCUGCGUUCUGCAGGAUGAGAUCUACAAGCUCAAGCAGGGAAACUACUCCGUAAAUGAGUAUUACAAGAAGAGCAGAUCUCUAUGGGAGGAGAUGAAUGAGAUGCGUCCUCUUCCGAUCUGCCAGUGCAUUCCGCACUGCUCUUGCUCGUGUGAUCUGAUCGAUCAAGUGAGGAAAGACCGUGAGAUCGAUCAAAUCAUCCGGUUUCUUCAAGGUCUACAUGAAGACUACAAUCCGCUUAAGUCCAGCGUUCUAGUCCUAGAUCCUUUACCGGAGAUGCACAAAGUAUACGUGAUGGCAGAGAAAUUCGAAAGACAACUUGGCAUUAACAAUUCAAGCCUGGAAAUCAGCCAUGCCAAUGCGGUUCUGCAUGAACCUAAUACUUCAGAAGAAACUGUUGCUGCUGUGAGCUAUUACAAUGGCAGAAGAAACAUGAACUCUAAUGGGGGGAAUAAAAGCGCUAAAUGUACCUACUGUGGCAUGGUUGGACACACUGUUGAAAAGUGUUACAAGAAGCACGGGUAUCCACCAGGGUGGAUACCGGGCUUCAAAUCCAGAGGCAAACAAUCAUCCACCAUGGCUGCUACUGCAAGUUCUGAGAACAGUGCGGUGACGAACAAUGUGGUGACGUCUGAACAAUUGCAAACUCUAAUCUCUCUUCUGCAAACACAGGCCGGGCAGAAGAAGAGCUCAGUGACUGCAGCUGUAUCCCUAGUUCCCAAGUUCGACAAAGCUAAAUCACAUGAUGAAGGCAAGUACAUCCAAAACUCUCAUAUAUGCUCUAUCAAUUUAUACUCAAACAUGUGGAUACUGGACUCGGGAGCCACUGAUCAUAUAGUGUGCUCUCGGGAAUUUUUUGAUGAUUAUGAUGUUGUUGAAGGAACAAUUGUGAAUCUGCCAAACGGAGAAAAUGUUACUGUUCGACACAAAGGGAAUAUAAAGCUGGCAGAUGGCUUACAUUUACAGGAAGCUUUACAUAUUCCGGAAUUCAAAUUUAAUAUUGUUUCAGUUAGCAAAUUGCUUAAAGACUCAUCUCAUACUUUGAUAUUUGAUUCUGAUCAGUCUCAACUUCAGAGUCAUGGGAAGAUCACUGGUUUUGCUAGACAAGAUAAGGGCCUAGCAUUUCUAUCUCCAACUCUAAGCCUAUGCCAUGUGAUAUUUGCCAAUAUGCUAAGCAGAAAUGAUCACCUUUUUCCUCUUAGCAGCACCACGACAAACAGAUGUUUUGAUCUAAUCCACACCGAUAUAUGGGGGCCUUUCGUAGUUAAGUCUUUAGAAGGAGAACGUUACUUCUUGACUAUAGUGGACGAUUACUCGAGAUACACUUGGAUCCAUUUAUUAAAGACUAAGUCCGAGACAAGAGCAGUGAUUAAAAGCUUUCACAAGUAUGUUCAGACUCAAUAUAGUGCGAAUAUUAAAAUCCUCCGAAGUGACAAUGGCAUGGAGUUCAAAAUGGCAGAUUUCUUUAGUGAAAAUGGCAUUGUGCAUCAGACUUCGUGUGUUUACACGCCGCAACAGAAUGCGGUAGUCGAGAGAAAACAUCAACACCUUCUGAGUGUAGCCAGAGCUCUCCGUUUCCAGUCUAACAUGCCUCUCGAGUUCUGGGGAUUAUGCAUUCUGUAUGCUGCGUAUAUCAUUAAUCGGGUCCCAUCGGCAGUCAUUGACUGGGAUAGCCCAUACCAGAGAUUACAUAAUAAGGAACCAAACCUUGACAAGUUAAGGGUGUUUGGUUGUCUCAGUUACGCAGCUACUCUUCCUCAAUCUAGACACAAAAUGGCUUCUCGUAGCAAAAAAUGUGUUUUUGUUGGCAUGCCUGCCAACAUUAAGGGUUAUUUGUUGUACGAUUUACAGAGUGGAUCAACAUUCAUAUCAAGGGAUGUGAUUUUUUUUGAGGAUUACUUCCCGAUGGCAGGUCAGAUAGAUCAUGCAGCAGACCAUGAUCAACUAAAGUUCAACCCUUCUUUGCCUAACAUCCAUAUCUCAGGUGAUGACUAUUCUGCAGAUUGCCAAAAUCGGCCCAGAGAUUCUACAACUUAUAGCCAUGAUAAGGAUUCACCUCCUAUCAUGAGCAAGGAUUCAAGACUUGAUGAAUAUUUAAGACAAGGGGCAAGUGAUGACUUCCAUGGUGAUUGUAGUAUGGAAGCAACAGAUAGCAACAUUCAAUCCACUCAGCCGAGAUGUGCUCCAAUUAAUGAUGAUGAUUGCAGUAUGGAAGAAACAGAUAGCAACAUUCAAUCCACUCAGCCGAGAUGUGCUCCAAUUGAUGAUUGUAACAUGGAAGCACAGACUGCUCAUCAGUUCACUCAGCCGAGAAGAUCGAAUAGACAGCGAACUGCUCCAACCAGACUUACAGAUUAUUAA